UGUAGUUUGCAUAUCUGGCAUUUAAAAUUUGCACGUGUUGAUCUGUCGUUAUUCGUUAGCCGUGUUUUAUUGAUACAUUUAUUAGCAAUUAUGGGUAAAAAAGACAAAAAGAAAGGUAAAGGAGCCGAAAAAACAGCCCUAAAAACUGAGAAGAAAGCUCUUGCUAGAAUGAAGAGAGAACUAGCGGCUAAAGGGGAGGGUGAUAUUGAAAAAUUAAUUGCAAAGUCUCAAAAACAAGGUGGUAAACACGGAGAAGAGCCAUGUUCACAACCUGGUCCAAGGUCUGCUUUUACAUUAAGUCCUCAUCCUGAUAAGGAAGAAUUGAUUUUAUUUGGAGGAGAAUAUUACACUGGAAGCAAGACUUCUGUGUAUAAUGAGUUGUACUUUUACAAUAUCAAGAAAGGUACUUGGAGUCGAAUGAACACUCCUUUAAAUCCACCACCACGUUGUGCUCAUCAGGCAGUUGUUCUCUCACAAAAUGGAGGGCAGUUGUGGAUCUUUGGGGGAGAGUUUGUCAGCCCCACACGAACUGUUUUUUAUCAUUACAAAGAUCUUUGGGUUUUUCAUUUAGCUGAGAAGAGAUGGGAAGAAAUAAAAGCCCCUGGUGGACCUUCAGCCCGAAGUGGUCAUCGUAUGGUUGUGAGAAAAAAGCAAAUUGUAGUAUUUGGAGGAUUUCAUGAAACUUUUGAGAACUAUACAUAUUUGAAUGACCUUUAUGUCUUCAACCUUGAAACUUAUACCUGGAGUAAAAUUGAGCCUGUGGGUAAAAUUCCUUCACUUCGUUCUGCGUCUUUGUUCGCUCCCCUCACCGAUGGCCGAAUUCUUCUCUAUGGGGGCUAUUACAGACAGAAGGUGAAGAAGGGUGUUGACAAAGGCUCUGAAUUUACAGAUAUGUACCACUUGCAUGUGGAUGAAAGAAGUGUCCCUCAUAAAUGGAAGUGGCUCCAGGUAAAACCUUCUGGAAUCCCUCCUUCAGCUCGCACUGGCUUAUCCAUUGCUGUAGCCCCUAAUAAUCGUGCCUACGUUUUUGGUGGAGUACAUGAUGACGAAGUGGAUGAGGAGAAUUUGCUCAGUAUGUUUCACAAUGACUUAUAUGCAUUGGAAUUGGACACUGGUCGUUGGUUUCCAAUUAAUCUUCGAGGGAAAAAGUCAAGAGGAGGAAGAAAAAGGCAUAAAAGGAGCAGGAACGCUGCUGCUGCUGCUGCCAGUAGUAGUGAAGAUGAUGAUGAAAGUGAAGAAGUUGUUGAAGUUUUGAAGAAAACAACUCUUGCUGAUGAUGUGGAAGAGAUUUCUACAAUGACCGAUGAUGUAUUUACUGUGAAAAUUUUGCCUGGUACUUCAGACUCGGGAGUUAGCAACACAGUAACAGUGUCAUCCUCAAAUGAAGCUUUUCUUCCAAAAGGCCGCAUGGGUGCCAUCCUAGUUGUGAAAAAUGGUAUUUUGUAUCUGUAUGGAGGAUUCUAUGAGGAAGGAGAUCGGCGCUAUACUUUAUCCGAUUUUUAUUCAUUAGACAUUCACAAGCUGGAUGAAUGGAGGACAAUUGUUCCAUUUUCUAUUAGUCAUCUGGAUUGGGUGGAAUCAUCUGAAUCAGAGAGUGAAGAAAGCGGAGAGGAAAACGAUGAGGAGGAGGAGGAUGAUGAUGAUGAGGAGGAGGAGGAAGAAGAAGAUGAUGAUGACGACGAGGAAGAUUCUGAAGAAAUGGAGACAGAUUGAGAGAACAGACACAAGAGGUUUGAAUAAAACUGACAAAAAAAAUGUGCAUUUUGCUGAUGUAUAUAUAAAAUAAAAAUGUAAAUAGUUUUAGUGCUUUGUUUUUUAUUGUUUUGUUUUCAGUAAUAUUUCAUUGCAUCAGUAUUCUAUUUUUUUCAACUUUUGAUGUGAGGAAAUGUAAAAAACUUUUCAGACAAAUGUUAGACUUUAAGUGUUAAUUAAUUAUGAUAUGUGUAAAAAAACUGAGGAAGUCUAGAGUAAAAUUAUAAUAAUAAUUUUAAUUGCUUUUUUAGUUAGAGAUUUUCUUAAACUAAACCAUUCUCCAUGUUAUCAUAAAAUUUUAUACUUGUUUAAGAUAAAGAAAUGAAAUGUUAAAAAUUUAUUUUAAAAAUAUUAUUGUAAUAUUUAGCUUGUUUAUUAUAAGAUAGUUAAUAACAAUUUUAUCCUUGAAGAAAGGUAUUCAUAUUUCCCUAACUCUUUCUUAGACCCUGUGACAGUAAGUCACAUGGCAUGUGUUUUUUUCAUCUUUUCAAUCAGUUGUUGAGUUUUUUUAUUUUCAGCUAUUUUUAUUGAUCUUUAUAAAGUGAGAUUAAUCAAAUUUUGAUGAUGAUUACCUGUCUGCAAUUACUGUAAAAAGCAGUUGCAAUCUGUUCAUUUUGCUGUAACUAAUAAUAUUUUCACUUUAUUAGCCCUCAACAGUUAAGAGUUUUGUUUUGUUAUACUCACCUUUAAGACGAUGGGAAAUUAGAUGAAAUUUUAAAGUGCAUACAAGGAUGAAAACUUUAUACAUUGUAUUAUUAUUGUAGCAUUAUGCAUCGUAACCUAUCAACUCCACUGAAAAGCAAUAUGACUAAUCUAUUAUGAAAAUUCCAAAAUAUUUACACUUUGAAACAAUAUAUUAUGAUAAAUAUUUUUUGACCAUGCAUGAUUAACUAAUCAAUGAUAGGAUAAGUUGCAAUAUUUUAUAAAGUAAACUGCAAUAAUGACAAAUAAUUAAAAUUAAAGCAAUUAUUUUCCAUAUUCUCUUAUUGGGCCUUUCAUUUUCCACAAUUUAUACCUCUAUAAAGUGGAGUUUUCAGUUACUGGAAUUUUUUUUGACACAUUUGGAAUUAUGUAUUGUGGCUAUCUAAUACUAUUUUUAUUUGACUUUGGAGAAAACAUCU